AUGGAUCUAGAUCAGGUUGAAUAUGAAGAGUUUAUCAAUUCUCUAGAAGAUUAUGUACCAACUACAGGUUUUGAAUGUUCCGAUCACAGAAUUAAGAGAAUGAUAUCACUGGCAACGCAAAAGUUUAUAUCAGAUGUAGCAAAUGAUAGUUUACAGUUUUGUAAGAUUAGACAACAGGCACCGACCAGAGAGAAAGUAAAGAAAGAGAAACAGUUGGUGUUGACAAUGGACGAUCUAUCACAGAGUUUAAGAGAUUACGGAAUAAACAUUAGAAAACCAGAUUACUUUGCAGAGAAUAUACCACCACAACAAUUACAACAACAGACUCCGCUGACUGCUGGUGGUGGUGGUGGUGGUGGUUCAAACUCUGCAGCAUCGAAAGAAUCAAAAGAAAAAGAAUCAAAGGAAUCUUCAACGACUACAACCACUACCAACAACAGUGCAUCAUCAUCUGACAAAUCAUCAUCAUCAUCAUCAUCGACAACACCAUCUAAAGAAGGUAAAGAAUCUUCAUCUAACAAAGAAACACCUACUAAAGAGGGUGGUGGCUCCACCUCUAAAUCCAAUGGAACAGGACCAUCUUCAACAACAUCAUCCUCUAGUAAAUCGAAACCAAAAACAAAAUCAACACCAAACAAAGAAUAA